AUGUGGGUGCGAGUCAACGUCCGCGAAAAGCCUGCCAAAGUGACGAAGCAGGAGCGGAUUCUGCGGAUAUGGGUCGAGGAGACCACAAGCGUGCUUGAGCUCCGCGAGCUGAUCGAACGUCGGCUUACCGAGGAAGGCUCUGCGACGGAGAAGCGGAGCGGCAAGUUCUCGCUCCAGCUAAUCUUCAGUGGCCAGAUCCUCGCUGUGGACGAGAGAGCCCUGAGCGAGAUUGGGAUCAAGAAAGACGCCAUGGUCCACUGCUUGGCUUCGUUGAUUGUGGAGCUGGAGGGGCAGCAGCAACUGACCUGCUUUCCCAAGCAUUGCAGCGUUGACGGCGGCCGGAUUGUCCAUAUCUUGGGUGAGCACUUUCCUGACACAGAUCGAGCAGCCUGCCGUUUCGGUCGUGUGGUGACCGGCGCCAGCAUCGAGGCGGAUGGCAGCGAAGGAGUGUCACAGCUCAGAUGCGUUGCGCCUGCGCACCCGGCCGGACCUGUGACACUCAGCCUGUCCUUCGAUGGCGGCGCGACGUGGAUGGAAGGACCGACGUUUUGGUACUAUGAUCCUGCCGUCUGCAGCGCUGGUUACAGUUUGUGUGUUCCAGCGGAGUGCGGCGCCGGCUCCCUCCUGGUGCGCGAUGCCAUCAGGAGACUUGUUCUGCAUUAA